GUGACAGAAAUUCAAAAUGUCUUGGGACUAUCCGAAAGCAAAAACACAAGGACCGAAUUUUUGUCGGGAGGACAGAAAAAGAGGUUAUCUAUCGCUCUGGAACUCAUCAACAACCCGCCCAUAAUAUUUCUUGACGAACCUACUAGUGGCCUGGACAACGUUUCCAGCACGUACUGCCUGCAACUGUUACGUGGGCUCGCUCACCAAGGCCGCACCAUUGUGUGCACCAUCCAUCAGCCAAGUGCCAGCAUGUUUCAGCUGUUCGAUCACGUGUACGUGCUGUCGCAAGGGUACUGCGUGUACCAGGGCUCCACUGACCAACUKGUGCCGUUCCUGUCUACCGUCGGACUACACUGCCCGCUGACGUACAACCCGGCCGACUACAUAAUCGAAGCGACCGACGGCGAGGAACAAGAGAACAUCGAAAAGUUGGCCGCGGCCAUGAAAAAUGGAAAGCAGUCGCUGUACAAGACUAGGGACGUCAACAACUGCUACUUGAAAGAGGACACGACCAAAUGUGAUUAUGUUCAUGUUUGCGAUUAUCAUUGUUACAUUAUUUUUGUAGUUCCGUCCGAAGUGAAACUGCUAAAACAAGAAUACUUCAACAGAUGGUAUAGCUUGAGGCCGUAUUUCUUGGCUCUACAGUUAUCAAGAGCACCAUGUAUUAUAUUUUUUAGCAGUAUUUAUACGACUUUGGUAUAUUUCAUGUCCGGGCUACCGUACGAACUCUUGCGGUUUUCGAUGUUUAAUAUCAUAUGUCUGCUGGUUUGUUUCGUCUCCGAGGGUAUGGGACUGCUUGUGGGUUCUAUUUUCAAUGUAACGAACGGCAGCGCGGUCGGCCCAAUGAUGAUAGCACCGUUUUUGGGACUGGCCAUUUAUGGAUUCGACUUCGCRCACCAGGUGCCGUGGAUCAUGGAAUUCGUAAUGCAAGCCAGCUUCUUGCGGUGUGGAGUCAUCGGGCUGGUCAUCACCGUGUUUGGAUUGAACAGGGAACCUUUGUACUGCGACACGGGCUACUGCCAUUUCAAAGACCCAAACAUCAUAAUUUACUACCUGAACGUGGACAGGAAACAUCCAUACUUCGAGAUCAUCAAGUUGGUCAUUAUGCUUUUGCUGUACAGGUUUCUCACGUAUUUCGCGCUCCGGARGAGGCUCUCUAGUCACUAGCUGCUAAGAUGAUGGCCGGUGCUACUACUUUAUUGUCGUUUUUUUUUGUUUUAAUGUUUUAAUUAACCCUAUAUACAUAUAUAGUUAUAUUUAAAUUUGAUCGAUAUCAAUU